GCCAACAUCACAUGGUAAUACACCACUACAUGGAGCCAGAGUGCAAGCAAGACGAAGACGGUAUUAAAAGGAUUAGAAGAGAUGACUCGUUUUCUUCUAGAUCAUCUUUGCAAGAAAUUCCAUUACUUUUGCCUCAAGAUCCCGUUGACAAGGGAGCAUAAAGCAAAUGGAACGAACAAUAGAAUUGGUUAUUUCUCUUUCUUGGAAAUCCAAAGGUGAUGGAAAUACUCAAAUGUGGGGCUUUGUAGACGGUUGUAAUGUGCUACAUCUUCCAGUAGCAAAUCGUGGUUAUAAUGUAAUAGAUUCAGAUUGGUGGGAAAACACAAGAAGGCCGGUUAUCAGGUUGGGUAGCAUGAUGAGGCAGGGCAAGUCAGUCCGAGAACUUCAUGCCGCUGUCAGGUGGAUGUUAGGGAAGUAUUUGGUUUGUGUUGAAGAAUCUAGAUUGAUAACCACCUGGUUGACAAGGGGAAGCGUGACAGAUGAUAUGGAUAUUACAGGCACCAGUUCCAUUGUUGCACGCAACGUUCCUCCUUAUGAUGCCACUACAAAUUCUCCUCGGGGAGCUUACCUUUAAGGUUUACAAGUUAAGUUUUGUUUAGGAGAUGCAUUUGUUAACUGACUAAUGUGGCUGGCAGAGAGGUGGUAACUACAACGGUACAGCAUCUGUUAGAGCCAUAAUACAUUGGCAGUAUUAAC